AUGGCCGCGACAAUGGACUUUUUCAGAGUUUCCAUCAGAGGCGUUCAAAUCAAAGGGUAAGUUUUGGAGCAGUGGUAUUUUCUGCGUAAACUAAUUGCCUUACCGCACUUCAUGUGAAAUUCCUUCAGAAAACAAAGCCUUACUUGGCGCUUAUCUCCAUGGCUUACGCUGUUUAAUUUGGAUAAUUUUCAGAUAUCACCAUUUCAAGGUUAAAGCACCAUCUGGGACACCAUUUAUCGUUAGAAAGGAAGCUUACAACGAGUAUGAUCCCUUCNGACCAUUGCUGAGAAAGCGUUCUGAAACUGCGGUUUCGAUGUAAACCGUGUUUUAUUCUUGGUUUUCACAUGACGUCACUGAAAUUCAAACUACAAAACUAUCGAUCCUUCUGAGAUUUUAUUUUCAUGAUUCAUUAGAGCAGCUGAAAACUAAUGUUCAUAUAAAUUUUCGCUUUAAAAGGGUUCUUUGCUUUUGUGUUAGGGUACGCUUUCUCUAACCCGAAUCUUGGCGAGGGUCUUUGUAUAUUUACCUCCUUUCAUUUCCCAGAUUCUAUACUUAAACUGUUGAACGGUUCUGAUUUUUAUUUUGAUCUAUUUUGAAUAGCGUGAAACUGAAAACCAGCAAUAGGGGCAUGUUGUGUAUUUACUGCUGCACCGAAAAGAACCGGGAGUGGCCCGGUCAUUGUUACAGUUAUUAGUCUCUGGUAAUUGGGCUCUAACAAGUAUCGCUUAAAUUGUUAGGAUGGUAGUAAGCUACUAUUGGAAAGUUUUCAAAAUCAUUUCUACAUCGUUCUCAGGAAAAGUAGAGAACAUGAGAAAGUUUGAGAAUAAUGUACCCGACAUUGGGCAAUGUAGGGUUGUCAUAAUCAUCAUCAUUAUCAUUGUUAUUAUCAUUACAUUAUUGUUGUAAUGAGAUCGGGAGCUCCGCUUUUAGGCUUGGCUAAAUAUAUAUAUUAGGAGUUCUUCACAGCACCACAAAUAAACCAACAUUGAAACAAGCAGUUAUUACACUGGUAACUAGCAUUCUAGAAGUGUCAUCUGGACAUCUCACCGGAAACGGCAGAGUUGGGUGCCGAGCUGGUCAAAGGUCUCAAAUCCUCGGAACAAAGUGAGCGCAAUCCUUCAGCAUGGCCGCGACAAUGGACUUUUUCAGAGUUUCCAUCAGAGGCGUUCAAAUCAAAGGGUAAGUUUUGGAGCAGUGGUAUUUUCUGCGUAAACUAAUUGCCUUACCGCACUUCAUGUGAAAUUCCUUCAGAAAACAAAGCCUUACUUGGCGCUUAUCUCCAUGGCUUACGCUGUUUAAUUUGGAUAAUUUUCAGAUAUCACCAUUUCAAGGUUAAAGCACCAUCUGGGACACCAUUUAUCGUUAGAAAGGAAGCUUACAACGAGUAUGAUCCCUUCGCCCUGGCAUGUCUUAUCCCUGCCGAAUUGGAACUAAUUCCGGAGCUUUUGCGGAAAAUGGCCAUUUACAGCAAAUCAAAGCGAAAAAGUUACACUUUGGAAGAUGUGCGAGGGUCUCAGAUCGGCAGAAUUCAGUAUUUUUUAAACAGGGAGCUAUCCUACCUUCUGGAGUGUGGCAAGAUAUCGCGGAUUGAAGGGUAGGUGAAUUAUCGGUUAUCUCCUUUGUCUGAAUAUUUUUCUGUGUAAUAAAUUGAAACGAAGCUUUUCAGUUUACUUGUACCGGUGAACAGUUUUGGAAUUCGUCGGCCUGAAUUUUUUAAUCUGCGUUUGUCUCUUCUCUCUAAGGAUUGUCAACGGAGAACCAACGGUUUCUGUUCGUCCCAACGCAGCCCAAAAGUUCCAAAGAAAUAAACAGGCUGGUGGAGGGGCUUACAUCCCGGCUACUAUUCACGUUGAAGGUCCACGCGAGCACAAAAAGGCUGUGCUCGACAGAGUCUGCACGUCCUUAGCGGAGUGCGAGAAUGGAGGGCUGAUGACAAUCGAUAUCGAAAAUUAG